CCGACGGAAUCCCCUUAGAGGCAAUGUAGGUACAGACUCACAAGCGGGUGUAGCAAAUUGCAGUAGCUCCUACGCCCUAGACACCAGAACUGUUGCCUUGUCAUUUCAACCCGUAUUAACACAUAUUUGAACAUUCAACCAGCCAACAUGAGGGUUUCAAGCAUUGAUUGUCGCCGUUUGAGGAAAAUAAUCAGAAAGGAAUUUGGAAGCUGUCUUAUUGUGGAUUGCCGACCGUACUUUUCUUUUUCGAACUCCAAUAUCAAAGGUUCUGUCAAUGUGAACCUGAAUUCCGUUGUCGUCAGGAGAUCCCGAGGAGGCCCGGUGCCGCUUCAGUUUGUCAUCCCAGACGAGAAGGCUUUGUAUCGGCUACGGGAGGGCAGCAUCUCGGCUGUCGUGGCUCUGGACGACGGGACACCUCAUUUCCAAAAGCUCAGAAAGGACAGUGCCGCGCAAAUAGUGAUUAAUACACUCUCGGCGAGUGGUGCCAACAUCUGUUUUCUGAAAGGGGGUUAUGAGAACUUCCAUUCCCAAUACCCUGAACUUUGCACUGAGAUGAAAACCGUCGAGCCGACCGGAAUCGAACCCGAGAGACUCAUCGCCACCCACUGUGAGAAACUGGGCUCCCACCUCAAGCCAGAUUACGAUCAGGGUCCCCCGGUGGAGCUCACCCCUUUCCUCUUCCUCGGCAGUGCCUACCACGCCUCCCGGCACGACUACCUGGCUGACCGGCACAUCACAGCUUUGCUCAACGUCUCCAGGAGGGACAUGCAGCCAGCCAAAGGCCAAUAUAACUACAAGUGGAUCCCGGUAGAGGACAGCCACACGGCCGACAUCAGCUCCCACUUCCAGGAAGCGUUCGACUUCAUUGAUCGGGUGAAACAGUCCGGUGGGAAAGUGCUGGUGCAUUGCGAGGCCGGCAUCUCGCGCUCCCCGACCAUCUGCAUCGCGUACCUCAUGCAGAGCCGCCGGCUCCGCCUGGAGGAGGCCUUCGACGUCAUCCGCCAGCAGCGCACCAUCAUCUCGCCUAACUUCAGCUUCAUGGGCCAGCUGCUGCAGUUCGAGGCCGAGGUGCUCGCCGCAGCCCCGCCUUCCUCCCCUUCCUCCACGGUCCCGGGGGCUUGCAUGGUCUCUGCCACUCUGUUGGAAUUCACAGGAAAUGAGGCUGGGCCUGUUCCUGCGCUCCAAGAGCCGGCCACCACACCGGGGCCAUCCAUGGACUCUGUAGCCCCGCCGGCAGGAACCGCGGGAGCGGCGCCUGGAACAACUGAGCCCCCGCCCACGCCCGCACCCCGGGGCCGCGCGGCCCCCUCCCCGUUCUUUUCCGAUGACUUUGAGCUAGGCCAGAGCUGGGCAGAGCCUUCUUCCGUCUUCUCGUUCCCUACCUCCUUCCUGACGCCCAUGCCCCUGCAGUCGCCGGUCCACCAGUUCAAGCUCAGUCCAAUAACUGCACUGCCUUAAACGAGUGCUUGGCAAUUUCUUUUUUGUAGAUUACUUGAAAAAACAAACAAACACAUAUUAAUAAAUAAUAAACCAACAAUUGAAAAAAAAAUAAAAAAUUCCUCUUGGCAAACGUUGUUAAGCAGUGGAAGAUCAGCUAAGGUGAAAAUAAAAAACAUGAGAUUUAAGUACUUGCCUAAAGGUAUUUUUCUGUUUGUGAUUUUAGGGAUAUUCACAGAUACUAUUUGCCUUUGAUUUGUGUAUUUAAUGAAUCUCAGCACGGUAUACUGCAAUACAUGCCUUAGACUAAUGGGUUUUUUAUGUUGUUGGAUUAUUGUUUUUGUCUUAAAAUGUUAACAGGCUUUCUGGAUUAAUUUAUUGUUUUUUAAACAGUGUGUUUUUAUAAAAACAAUAAAUGAUGAUAAAGUUUCUAAGAAAAUGAGUUCUCAUUUAUACCUUGUGGAAAAAUGGUGAACUGUGUGAUGAAUACUCAGACUACUAAGAGUUUGAAAUAAAACAUUUUAACAACUUCA